AUGGGCUGCUUCACAUUUGUCAAAGUUGUGAUGGUUGUGUUCAACUUGCUUAUCUUUCUGGCAGGUAUGUGUUUGGCGGCUGCAGGGAUAUGGGUGACAGUGGACGGAGAUUCCUUUAUGAAAGUUUUGCCACCCUUCACUGAUGAUUUCCAGAGUCAUGUCAAUGUAGGAAUCUUCAGCAUCACUAUUGGAGCAGUUAUGACUCUGCUUGGACUGCUGGGGUGCUGUGGAGCGCAGAAAGAGAGCAAAUGCCUUCUUAUAAUGUUCUUCUCCAUCAUCCUGAUCAUUUGCAUUGCUGAGACGGCAGCCACAAUAGUAGCCCUGGUCUAUUCCUCAUAUGUGAGUCUCGCUUGA